GCGCCGGGGGCGCCGGACCGGGGGCGUCUGGAGCCCUGCGGGGUCCGGGCCGCCCGGGUCCCACGCAGAGCAGUGUUUUCCAACUCUCCGCCUGCGUCUCAUCGGGGCCCACCGCCACCCGGAGAGACCCCGUCCAGAUCUGCAGAGUGUCAUGAAAAAGGAACGGAAAAGAGACGUCACUGUUGGUGAAAGGGGAGUUUUCUUUCCCAGUUGGCGGUUACUUCAUGAUUGGAAAAGAAGUACCUAGGUGGUUGCAAAGAUUAGAUUUUCAUAGUUGUACAUACAGAUGAAGCUUUGUUAAAAGAAGAUGAGAAUAUGCUUUCUCAGAUGGGUCAUAAUAGGCCGAUGAGUAAGUAAGCCUGAACAAGACAGAUUGGAAAUGAGGGCAGGAAUCCGGAGUGUUUUAAAACCAAGUAGGACUUUGAACACUUGCUGAGGAUGUUUUUCUCCCAAAAAUGGAGGAAGAAAAAAAAUUCUCACAGCCAGAAGUGUAAAAAGCUGAGCGGAGUAACAACCCAGUCUGCUCCAAGGAUUUCAGUACUUCAUCAACUUCUUUGAGAGCACACAAAAGCAUCAGACCGGUAUGAUGAUCUUAUCACCAGUGAUGGUUUCCUGCACCAGGAAUGACUUCUUAAUUUGGGUUUUGGAGUGCUUUUUUUUUUUUUUUUAAUUAUUACACUGUGGGGUUUUUGACUCUUCAUGUUAGGUAGAUUUCUGUAAAUUGUGAAUUCAUAGUAUUCUUGACUAUUUCCACUCCUGUUUUCUAUGUGACAUGAGAAAAUCAGAGGCUUUAACAUUCUUUGAAGUUUUAUUGGAAGCAACACUGCAUCAGGGAGGCAGAUUCACAGUGUAAGGUUUCUCUUUUUGGCAACUAUACUUUGAAUGAGCUGAAUGUCAGCAGGAUUUCACAGCACAUACAAUUUACAGUCUUUGUUUUAUCAAGGCCUUAAAUGUAUGUUUUAUACUCAGCAGAUGGGAAGCACAUUGAGCGCUGCAUUUGACAUGUAUGCCUGAGGAAAGGAGCUCCCCGAUGGAUCAUGGCGUUAAUGUUUACAGGACAUUGCUUAUUUUUAGUAUUAGUGAUGUUUGCUUUCUCUACUUUGGAGGAAUCUGUGAGCAAUUACUCUGACUGGGCAGUUUUCACAGAUGACAUAGAUCCAUUUAAGACACAAAGAGUGCAAGAUGUCAGACCCAAUCAAAAACCGAAGAAGAGUAUGCUUCAUCCACGUUUGUAUUUUGAUGCUGGAGAGAUCCAAACAAUGAGACAGAAGUCUCGCACGACCCAUUUGCACCUUUUUAGAGCAAUCAGAAGCGCGGUGACUGCUAUGCUGUCGAACCCGACUUACUACCUACCUCCACCCAAGCAUGCUGAUUUUGCUGCCAAGUGGAAUGAAAUCUAUGGUAACAAUCUGCCUCCUUUAGCGCUGUACUGUUUACUGUGCCCGGAAGACAAAGUUGCCUUUGAAUUUGCCUUGGAAUACAUGGAUAGGAUGGUGGGCUACAAAAACUGGCUGGUGGAGAAUGCACCAGGGGAUGAGGUUCCAGUUGGCCAUUCCCUAACAGGUUUUGCCACUGCCUUUGACUUUUUAUAUAAUUUAUUAGAUGGUCGUCGGAGACAAAGAUACCUAGAAAAAAUAUGGGUUAUUACUGAGGAAAUGUAUGAGUUUUCUAAGGUCCGCUCCUGGGGCAAACAACUUCUUCACAACCACCAAGCUACUAACAUGAUAGCACUGCUCACCGGGGCUUUGGUGACUGGGGUAGAUAAAGCGACUAAGGUAAAUCUGUGGAAACAGGUUGUAGUAGAUGUGAUGGAAAAGACCAUGUUUCUGUUGAAUCACAUUGUUGAUGGCUCUUUGGAUGAAGGUGUGGCCUAUGGAAGCUACACAGCUAAAUCAGUCACACAAUAUGUUUUUCUGGCCCAGCGUCACUUUAAUAUCAACAACUUGGAUAACAACUGGUUAAAAAUGCACUUUUGGUUCUAUUAUUCCACCCUUUUGCCAGGCUUCCAAAGGACUGUGGGGAUAGCAGAUUCCAAUUAUAACUGGUUUUAUGGUCCUGAGAGCCAGUUAGUUUUUUUGGAUAAAUUUGUCUUAAAGAAUGGAGCUGGGAAUUGGUUAGCUCAGCAAAUCAGAAGGCACCGACCUAAAGAUGGACCCAUGGUUCCCUCCACUGCCCAGAGGUGGAGUACCCUUCACACUGAAUACAUCUGGUAUGACCCCCAGCUUACCCCACAGCCUCCUGCGGAAUAUGGCACUGCAAAAUUGCACAUGUUCCCUAACUGGGGUGUGGUCACUUAUGGGGCCGGGCUGCCAAAUACACAGACCAAUACCUUUGUGUCUUUUAAGUCUGGGAAGCUAGGAGGGCGUGCUGUGUAUGACAUAGUUCACUUCCAGCCAUACUCCUGGAUUGAUGGGUGGAGGAGCUUCAACCCUGGACAUGAACAUCCGGAUCAGAACUCAUUUACCUUUGCCCCCAACGGGCAGGUGUUUGUUUCCGAAGCUCUCUAUGGACCCAAGUUGAGCCACCUAAACAACGUGCUGGUGUUUGCGCCGUCACCCACGAGCCAGUGUAAUAAGCCCUGGGAAGGUCAGCUGGGAGAAUGUGCACAGUGGCUCAAGUGGACCGGCGAGGAGGUUGGUGAUGCGGCCGGGGAAAUCAUUACUGCCUCUCAGCACGGGGACAUGAUAUUUGUGAGUGGGGAAGCCGUGUCGGCUUACUCUUCAGCAAUGAAGCUGAAAAGCGUGUAUCGGGCUUUGCUUCUCUUAAACUCUCAGACUCUGCUAGUUGUUGAUCAUGUCGAGAAGCAAGAAGAUUCCCCAAUAAAAUCUGUCAGUGCCUUCUUCCAUAAUCUGGAUAUUGAUUUUAAGUACAUCCCGUAUAGAUUCAUGAACAGGUAUAAUGGCGCCUUGAUGGACGUGUGGGAUGCUCACUACAAGAUGUUUUGGUUUGAUCAUCGUGGCAAUAGCCCCCUUGCUAGUAUACAGGAAGCAGAGCAAGCCGCUGAAUUUAAGAAACGGUGGACUCAGUUUGUCAAUGUUACGUUUCAGAUGGAAUCCACAAUCACAAGAAUCGCGUAUGUCUUCUAUGGGCCAUAUGUCAAUGUUUCCAGCUGCAGAUUUAUUGAUAAUUCCAAUUCUGGACUUCAGCUUUCUCUCAAUGUCAAUAACACCGACCAUGUUGUUUCGAUCGUGACCGACUACCAGAACUUGAAGACAAGGUUUGAUUACCUGGGAUUUGGCGGCUUUGCCACUGUGGCUGAUCAGGCCCAAGUAACCCGCUUUGGUUUGGGCACUGAGGCAAUAGUAAAGCCUGUAAGACGUGAUAGAAUUAUUUUUCCCUUUGGAUUUAAAUUUAAUGUAGCAGUUGGGUUGAUUUUGUGCAUCGGCCUGGUGAUCUUAACUUUUCAGUGGCGGUUUUACCUUUCUUUUAGAAAGCUUAUGCGAUGGAUCCUCAUCCUUGUUAUUGCCUUGUGGUCCGUUGAGCUGCUGGACGUGUGGAGCACUUGCACACAGCCCAUCUGUGCCAAGUGGGCGAGGCCGGAGACUGAGGCGAGCGCGCAGGCGCCAGCCGCGGGAGGCCAGCGCGCAGACCCGCCAGACAUCAUCAUUACCUCACUUCCUGGUUCUGGAGCCGAGAUUCUCAAACAACUCUUCUUCAACAGCAGUGACUUCCUGUAUAUCCGGGUCCCCACUGCCUACAUUGACAUCCCGGAAACGGAAUUGGAAAUCGACUCCUUUGUGGACGCCUGUGAAUGGACAGCAUCCGACGUCCACGGCGUGCGUUUCCGUUUACUCCGAGGCUGGCUGCAGUCCUUGGUCCGAGACACAAAACUCCACUUGCAGAACAUCCAUCUGCACGAACCCAGUAGGGGGAAACUGGCCCAGUAUUUUACCAUGAAUAAAGACAAGAAAAGGAAGUUGAAAAGGAGAGAGUCUCUGGCAGAGCAAAGAAGCAGAAUGAAAGGCGCCUUUGACAGAGACGCUGAAUACGUCCGGACUCUGCGGAGACACCUGGUCCACUACCCCAGUGCGCGGCCGGUGCUCAGCCUGGGCAGCGGGAGCUGGACCUUAAAGCUGCAUUUCUUUCACGAGGUGUUGGGAGCCUCCAUGAGGGCCUUGUACGUGGUGAGGGACCCUCGGGCGUGGGUUUAUUCCAUGCUGUACAGUAGUAAACCUAGCCUUUACUCUUUGAAGAAUGUACAGGAGCACUUAGCUAAGCUGUUUAAAACGGAGGGAAGUGCAGGCCGUUGUACCUUGAACUCAGGCUAUGCUGUCGAGUAUGAAUUGCUGAGGAAGGAACUGUUGGCAUCCAGAUCUCACCCAGUCUCGCUGCUGGCCCACGCGUGGCUGGCAAACACGGCCGCUGCCCUGAGGAUAAAUGCAGACCUGCUGCCCACCAGCUACCAGCUGAUCAAGUUUGAAGAUCUUGUGCAUUUCCCUCAGAAAACCACAGAAAGGAUUUUUGCCUUCCUUGGGAUUCCUUUAUCUCCUGCUACUUUAAACCAAAUAUUGUUUGCCACCUCCACGAACCUUUUCUACCUUCCCUACGAAGGGGAGAUAUCACCCGCUAAUACUAACGUUUGGAAACGAAACUUGCCGAAGGAUGAAAUUAAACUAAUUGAGAACAUCUGCUGGACGCUGAUGGAUCGUCUAGGAUACCCAAAGUUUAUGGACUGAGUGCUGCAGAUCACAACCCAGGAGCAGUUCCAGAGCCUCCAGUUGGAACCUCAGCCUUCCAGCGAGGAGCCCGGGACAGCACGUGCCUCUGCCACACACCUAUGAUCACAGGGUUCAUCCCACUGAGGACAGGAGUUCCUCUUCUGUGACUGGUUUUCCCUGGAUACUGUCAUCCAAACCCUGGCUGAGGCUCACCAUCUGCAAACAGAAGGCGCUGUUUUGCUGAGCCUUGCACAUGUCAGGCCUGCUGCCCCCACUUCUCCAACUGUAGGUAUGAUGGAUAGGUUAUGCUAGUAUGUGGACACUGAAAAGAUGUGCUGACCCUAUCAGAAGCCCUCUUCUCUGAUACUGAUAAGUCUCUGUGACCAGAGCUGGGACUGAGUCAGAACUCCUAUACUCACACCCUACCCUGUGGUACAGAGCCUAUACCUCUGACCUUCCAUUACCGCAUCCUCCUGCCCUUACCAGCGACCCCAGAGGUAACAACUAUCCUAGAUUUUGUGUUUACCAUUCCUGUGCUCUUCUUUAUGGCUUCACCACAUAUGUCUCUAUAUUUAUCAACACAUUGUGCGUUUUUGCAUGUUUUUAUACAUUAUGUAAACCAGUAACAUACUCUAUAUAUUAUUACACAGCUUGCUUUUCUUCACUCAAAAUUUUGUCUAAUGCAUGUUGAUGUUUGUAGGUGGAGAGCACUUAUUUCCAACAUGAUGGGUUCCAGUAUAGACUACUGUCCAGAAAGCAUACUUUGUGAAUCUUUCAUCUUGUUGGAUUUGGGGAAUAUUUUUAAUUUUUGUAAUUUUAAGCAUUACACAUAAAACUUUAUAUAUGCUAUAUAAUGCACAUGUGUUAAUGCAAGAAUUUUGUCAUUGUGUUUUUUUUUUGGUACCCAGAAACCUUCCCACCCAGCCACACUGCAGCCUAGUGUAUAUAUUGAGGGCUUAAAGCACAUCCUCAAGUAUUCUUGAUACCAAAUUAUUAUUUUCACAGAUUGUUUGUACAAGUUGACACUCUAGCAAUUGUUGAAAAGCUUGUGUUGCUCCACAGCUUCUCCUGUACUUGGCAUUUUCAUACUUUUAAAUAUUUUUCUGUCUAAUGGGAUAAAAGAGUGCUAUUUUUUUUUCAGUUCUGUUAGUAACAUAGAACACAUGUGCAGCACAUGCACUAGUGUACACACACACACAGUAUUCCUUAUUUUUCCCAUUUGUGUUUCUUCUUUUGUGAAAAGAAAUCAUGCUCCUGUCUUUGUUCCAUUUUCCCAUGGCAUUCAUUUUUUUCUCAUUGAUUCAUUGACAUUUACUGUAUAUUAAUAGUACUAACACUUUUUUGGUUAUACUUGCUGUGAAUAACUUCUUGGCUUAUAUUUUUAUGAUCUUUGUACUAUGACUUUUAUGACAUUUUGAUAUGCAGGUGUUCUUAAUUUGAAUGUAGACAAAAUAUGUUUACAAAUAAUUUCUCUUUAUUACUUAUACUUUUUUACAUCUUAUCAAAGAAUCUUAGUGUCUUGGCACUGAAAAAGUUCUCCUGUAUUUUCCUAUCAUUAUCAAUUGCUGCCAAGCAAUAUUACCACACGUGUAAUGGCUUAGAACAGCACACAUUCAUUGUCUCACAGUUUCUGUGGGUCGGGAAUCCAUGCCUGGCUGAACUUGGUCAGUCUGCUCACACAUGUGGCUGCAGUGACGUUGCUGGGACUGGGAUCUCAUCUGAGAAGCACCCACUUCCAAGCUCAUGUGAUUGUUGGCAAGACUGAAUUCUUUGUGGGCUAUUGGACUAAAAGCCUCAGUUCUUUUCUGCCUGUUGGCAGGAGACGUUGAAUCACUUGCCAUGUGAGCUUCUCCAUUGGCAGUUAACUUCAUGAAGUCAGGAUGAGAGAAUCUAUAGAGAAACUGCUAACACGCUAUCAUCAUCUUGGAAGCGACAUCCAGGCAGUUUUGGUUAGAAGCUAGUCUGAGGUCCCCUUACCCCUACACCCAGGGGAAAGGGUUUCCACAAGGAGAGGACUACCAGGAGAUGGAGAGCUUAUUUUAGAGUCUCCCUGCCACACAUUUUGCCUUUUAAAUUUAAAUACUUAAUCUGCGUAUUUAGUUGGUCAGUCAAGUCCGACUCUUUGGGAUUCCGGGGACUGUAGCCCACUAGGCAACUCUGUUCAUGAAAUUUCCUGGGAUUUCCCAGGCAAGAAUACUGGACUGAGUUGCCAUUUCCCUCUCCAUUUAAUCUGCUUAACAUUAAUUGUUAAAUCCAUUCUGAGUUUUUUUUUUUUCCCUGUAUGAAUAACCUGCUGUCCUAGACUGAAAGGGUUCAGUACCCUCUCCCUUCCACUAAUCUUCAAUGCCAUUUCUACUGCAUAUCAAGUCCUUACAUUUUGUGUGAGCUGAUUUCUGAGAUCUCUACUGUACUCCACUGGCAAAUUUGAUUACCCGAUGACAAUACUGCACUGUCUUAAUUACUGCAGUCUUUUUGUUGGCCUUGAAAUCUGGCAAGGCAAGUCUUCUUAUUUUUUUUUUUUCUAUUUCUUAAGACUUUGUUCUUCCAUAUGCAUUUUAGAAUUAGUUUGCAUAGAUCCUCAAAGCAAGCAAACAAAGAACAAUACAUGUUAUUGUAAAUGUGUUACAUCAAUUUUGGGAGAAUUGACCUCUUUAAUUAAUCCCAAUUCAUAAGCAUGUAUAUCUCUCCUUUUAUAUAAUAUUUGUUAAUCCUUUGAUAGAUUUAAGUAUGAGCACUUUAUAUAUUACAGUGGAUCAUAUUUAUUUUUAAUGAUAUGUCCUAACUGAUGAUAGUAUGUAGAAAAUACAGUUGACUUUUGUGUAUUUAUAUUGUAUCAGGGAACUUACUAAUUUAUUAAUUUACCUGUAAAUUUUUUUGAAAUACUUAUAUGAGAUGAUUUUGUAAUCUGUAAUUGAUGGAAUACAUUUCCUUCCUUUUAAUUUUAUAAUUUUUUAAUGUUCUUACUGGAUUUGUUAGGACGUCCUGUAAAGUACUGAGUGGAUCUGGCAAUGUGAAUAUUCUUGUACUGUUCCUAAUGUGAAUGGAGUAAUUGUGCAUUUCACCACUGAGCAAAUGAAUGGAUGCUGUGUGUGUUUCAUAGAUUCCCUUUAUCAGGAUGUGGUACUCCCUUCUAUUGCCAGUUGAUAAUUGCCUUUUUAUCAUCAAUGCAUGAUGAGAUUUAUUCAUGCUUUUGCUGUAUUUAUUGUGAUAAUCAUAUGUUUCUUUGCCCUAAUCUGUUAAUGCAAUGUAUUUUGUGAAAAUAUUUUUUUCUUUUGA